AUGCUUAGCAGGUGGUUUGAAAGCCGGCGUGGUACCAUUAAGAAGAUGGCCGGGGAUAUUCCUAAAGAAGUUGAUAAGGAGCUCCUAAAGCAGCUGGAAAUGUCUCGUGGACUACCUGUUUUAUCGUUGGGCGGAUGGAACUUCGAGGUUAUAUCAGCUAGUGGAGCGCACCGACUUGUUUCACUUGAUGGAAAGACAUGCAGCUGUCGUGAAUUCCAAACUCUCAGAAUUCCGUGUCGGCAUGCCAUGGCAGCGGCCACGUCCUGCAACUUGUCGUAUAAAACUUUGGUUGAUGUAAUCCACAAGAAACCAAAGUGGACGGCAACAUUAGAAGGUAUUAUACUACCUCUCCUUGAUCCAGAUGACCUGGUUCUCCCGACAGAUGUUGUAGAUGCACCGAUCACACAUCAUCCUAGGUUAAAGCGGCCAUUUGGCAGACCACCAAAGAAGAGGAAAUUUUCUGAAGGAGAAUAUCCGGGGGCUGUUAAGAAGAAAAGGCCAAACAAGUGCGGAACUUGUGGAAUUGCAGGACACAACCGCGUUACCUGCAAAUCUCCUUUGAAGUGA